AAUCCAAACCUCAUUGUCUUGGGCUUGCUGUUAUUCUCGUCCUUGAAUCUAGAGGUGAAAGGGUAUUGUGUAACGAAUGGCUGCAGCAUCCCUGGAAACCUGCCGUUUCCUUACAAAAGAUAUUUCAACAAAGAUUGCAACAAACAUGAUAUCUGUUACGCUUGUGGUCAACACUAUGCCUGGACUCGGUUACAGUGUGACAACGCUUUCUUUUGGGAUAUGUCCAAGCUAUGUCUAAAAAGGUUUUUCUUUCUCAAGCACUGCUUGAAGUAUGCAGGGAUAUACUAUGGAGCAGUCAGGGUCGGUGGCAAUAAACAUUACGACGUUCCAUCGAAGAGCUGGUGCAACAUGUGCCCCAGCUAUAACGGAGAUCCUUCUCUUCGGGUGCCACUCUUCAGACGUCGUUAGUAUUCAAAAAUAAUUGCAUGCAAAGAGCAAAACAUUUGAAGCAGGAAACAGGCUUUUUUUUAUCCGAAAAGUGCAUUGUAAUUUUAACAAGAUAAAAUAAAAAGCUUUUAUACUAAGAAUUGUAACAAAAGUCGCCUCUUGCUUACACGUAACUAAUCGCACUUUACUCGCCUUCAAUAGACUGCUAUGUUGUGUGUUCCCAGGGAUGUAUGCGUAGUGAAAAACAUUGCAACAGUUCAACGAGGCCGUUUUUAUUAUUAUUACUUUGUUUUAAGUAAAAGUUGGUUUGUUAGUAUUAGACCUCAUUAUCAAUGCUGCUAAAGCCGAUUGCUUGCCACGGUGUUUGAUCGAAGCUUUUUCAAAAUGGAAAGUCAGAUGAGCUCGGCAGAAAGAGUUAAUGCAGUGGGCUCGUGCGUGGAACAAACUUCAAACGAACCGCACACUACUAAUAUGUAACUACUUUCGUUCGAGAUAUAUACAAUUGAAAAGUAACAUCCACUCGUAUCAUAUUUUACUACAUUCUGGUUAUUUGAUUACAAACACCUCAGGAGAUUUGUUGCUGACAAAAAGCUAGCACGAAGUUUAAAUGGUCAAAAUUGGUGGCUGACUGGAUCAAUCACCAAAUAGAAAAAUAAAAAUCAGGGAAAAUAACUAUGAAUUGCGCAUAAAUAAAAUUUUAAGUGUUGUUUCCAAUUCUAGCCCAAAAGUCAAAACGCUUUACUUGGUAAAUUUUCUAUCUGAAAUACUACGACUUAUGUCCAGGUCUCAUUUAUUCCCUGUCACAGGCUGCUGGGGAAUGCUUUUGUGGAGAAUGAUAGUACUUAACUUAGGUUCUCGUCAUGAAUUGACUCAUUCCCUUCGGUUGAUUCUUCCAUUUCAAGCCAUUAUUUUCAGUCCAUUUGUUUGUUCAAGAACAGAAAGAUUACUCAAAAUGUACGAAUGUGGAUAAGGCACGAAUUCGGAUUCAAUAGAAGCUACCACAAUGUGUCUUUGUUUGAUAGGUUCCUUGAAUUGCCUCUAAUCUUGUAUUGACACUAUCAAGACAAGAUUGGAAUGCCCUCAAGACUUCUACUUAAUUGCACGGUUUUACAGUUCAGACCUUCACAUACCAUAUUUUACUUCUCCCCUAUCGCUAUCGUAAAUUAUAGAACUUGAAUGCGUUUGUUUCAUUUUUACAUAUUAACAUUAUCGUCACA